AUGGAUUCCCUUGGAAAUUCUUUUGAAAUUAAUCUCACAAUCAGGGAAGCUAAAAGCUCCGGAAGAACACCGACUACAAUUCAUACUGAAAUAAAUGGCCAUAGAGUUAACAUUUCGUCAACUGUUCCUAUUGUGGCUGAGAUUUAUGUUGAACCAAGUUCAAAAGAAUGCAAUGGAAAUAAAUUAGAGUUCGAAUCAAAUUCCUACAAGGAAGCAUCUCAGUCAAAUCACAAUGGAAAUGGAUCAACUAGAACAAAAAGAAGUCUUGACUUUCAGCAACCAACAAGUUUCUUUGAAAAUCACACAAGGACCAAAAGAAGUCUAGACUUUAAAGAAAAGCAUGAUUACAUCUUCCCAAUGGUUAGAACAACAGCAAGUCUUCCCGGAUCAAGUUCAGAGAAUGAAAAGCAAAAAGAUGAAGGAGGAAUCACUUAUCCAUACAAUUAUGAAAAGGAGCAUAAAAAGGCAAAAGCAAGAGAAUGGAAAUUCGAUAGAGAACAACAGAAAAAAGAAGAGCGCCAAAUUAAGGAAUAUUAUAAAAAGCACGAAAAGAUGCUCGAAGGUUGGCAAAAAAUGAACGAUAAACAAAAUUCUUUAUGGGAGAAAGAGAGAGACAGAGAAAGAGCCAGAAAAGAGGAAUUUAGGAAGCAAAGAGAAGAGAAUGAAAAAAAGUUGCAUGCAGAAUAUCUUCGAUCACAAGAAAAGAAGAAAAGUCAGAUGCAGUCACAAAAUGAUAAGUCUAAAAAAGACAAUGAGAGAGAUUAUAAAACUGUUAAAUAA